AUGCAAGACGUGCUUCGGCUGAUCAGCUCCUCUCCUCAUUCAACGGCGGAUCCAAUAAGGGAUCACACAAAAUUGUUUUUAGAGUGCAUCUGUGAUGGACUUGCGAGAAAUGUCGAGGAGUUGGAGGAGGUGCUGCGAUUCACUCUAUCCAAACCGCUACGAAAUGUGGAGGACGCGCUAUGUGAUUUGGCUGCGAAUCGUUUUGUAGAUGUUCAAGAAACGAGUAAAGGAGACGAACGCUGUUCGCUAUUAUCGGCUACUCAACUGGGCAGAGCUGCACUGGUAUCAUCUCUUCCUCCUGAUGCAGCAUUGUUUGUGUUUACUGAUCUUCAGCAAGCCACUAAAGCAAUUGCUCUCGACACAGAGCUUCAUAUGCUGUACCUGGUAACUCCAACAAAUUGUUCUGUAUGGCAAGGAUGCGAUUGGAAUCAUUUGCACGGUAUUUUCUCAAAACUCUCGAACCGGAGGAAAAACGAUGCAACGUUGGUUGGUGCGAAUGACCGCUUCAUCGUCUCACGUCUGCGAAGCUCGAGCACUUCGUCGUCCGAUCGGAGCUACCAGCUCCAUUUACGCUUCUUCUCUGCACUUGCCCUAUUUGAUGUUGUCAAUGAGAAGCCGAUUGAUGAGGUAGCUCGUCGAUUCAGAAUCAGCCGUGGCACUCUUCAGACCCUUCAGCAACAAAGUGCCACUUAUGCCGCUAUGGUCGUCGCAUUUUGUUCUCGCCUUGGCUGGACUUACCUGUGUGACCUUCUCAAGGGCUUCGCUUCCCGGUUGGCGUUUGGAGUACGAAGGGAACUCACGGAACUUGUUUCCAUUGCAGGAAUCGAUGCCAGUCGAGCUAGAGUUUUUCACGAGCACGACAUCACCUCCAUGGUGGAGCUGUCGAACUGUACGACGAAGAAAAUCUCCGAUGUCUUGUCGUUAGCGGUACCAUUCAAUAGGUUCGCUCUUUAUACAUUCUUCAAUCGAGUUAAAGUUUAUUUGGACAUGGUUUGCUUCAUGACUUCAUAUAAUCCGGUC